AAUUAAAGAGUGAAUCUGAAUGAACGCUGACAUCCGGCUGGCGCUGCCUCGUCUCCAUGGAAACGCUGUAACGCUGCUGCUAGUCGCAAUGGAGUUUACAGGCAGCAGUUACUGCGGCUCUUACAGAAAUGGCAGGAUGGAGGGGAAAGGAGAAUAUAAGCUUCCCACACAGACCAGAUAUGAAGGGGAGAUGAAGGAUGGCAUGUUUCACGGAAAAGGGGUCCUAUACUUUCCCAACGGAAGCAAAUAUGAGGGAAUAUGGGAAAAAGGAAUAUGCAAACAGGGAAAUUACACCUUCUCAGAUGGACUGCAAUACCAGGAGACAGACUGGGAUUACUGCGAUGGCUAUGAUCGACGCUUCUACACUGAGAGAUGCCAUGGGCUGAAACCUGCAGGAGAGUCUCAGCUGACCAAUGAGGACCCCCCUCAGCUCAUUCCUGAUGGCUGCUAUGACUGCAGAGAUGGAUUCUACAAUCCUAACACCAGAGUGGUCAGUGACUAUGAGGGCAGCUUUCUUAGAAAUGCUGAUGAAGAGGAGCAUGAGUGGAUAGUGCGGAGCUGCCGGAAGAGCUGGGACGAAUUUGUGGGCCGUUUUUCUGGCAAAAGCAGCCCGGAGGAAAGGGGAGCUUCAGACACAGGCCUGUCCUCAAUCUAAUCUGAUUUAAAAUGCACUUAAACUACAUGCACUUAAACUAAACACUGCAUGAUAAUGGCACUGCAGUAAAUAAAGCUAUCACAAUAAA